AUGGUAGCGCACGAUGACGCCGGCGGGCUGCUGCCCAUUAAGCGGACUAUCCGGGUGAUCGACGCGCAGAACCAGACCUUCCGCGAGCAGGAGGAGCCUAGCAAUAAACGUGUCCGGUCACUGGCCCGGGUCACCUCUUUGGCAAACCUGAUUUCGCCUGUACGAAAUGGUGCCGUGCGUCGCUUCGGGCACACCAUACAGUCGUUCUCCCUCCGCAGCGACAACAAAUCCCCAGCUAGCGGUCAGAAGCUGUGCAGCCGGCUAACGGCCCCCACCCCUCCCAAAAGACGGAACAGCGUGCUCUGGUCUGAGACGUUGGACGUCACCAUGAAGGAGACGCUCAGCACCAAGGAAAUCAAACGCCAGGAGGCCAUCUACGAACUUUCUCGAGGCGAGCAGGAUUUGAUUGAGGACCUGAAGCUUGCAAGAAAGGCUUACCACGACCCCAUGUUGAAGCUGUCCAUCAUGUCCGAAGAGGAGCUGAGUCACAUCUUCGGAGACCUGGAUUCCUACAUCCCGUUGCACGAAGCCUUCCUGGAGGAGCUGGGGGAGGUGACCCGGCCGGAUGGAACGGUGGAGCGAAUCGGGCCCCUCCUGGUGGCCUGGCUGCCCGGACUGAAGGCCUACAAGGCCUACUGCAGCAACCAGUUGGCGGCCAAGGCCCUCCUGGACCAGAAGAAGCAAGACGCCCGGGUCCAGGACUUCCUGCAGCGCUGCCUGGAGUCGCCUUUCAGCCGCAAGCUGGACCUCUGGAGCUUCCUGGACAUCCCUCGCAGCCGCCUGGUCAAGUACCCGCUCCUCUUGAAGGAGAUCCUCCGGCACACGCCCAACGAUCACCCGGACGUCCAGAGUCUGGAAGAAGCGAUCUCCAUCAUCCAAGGAGUCCUCUCGGACAUCAACUUGAAGAAAGGGGAGACGGAGUGCCAAUAUUAUAUCGAUAAGCUGGAAUACCUGGAUGAGAAGCAGCGGGAUCCGCGGAUUGAAGCCAGCAAAGUUUUGCUCUGUCACGGAGAGCUGAAGAACAAAAACGGCCACAAGCUCUACAUCUUCCUUUUCCAAGAAGUCCUGGUCCUCACCCGGCCCGUGACACGGAACGAGCGCCAUUCUUACCAAGUGUAUCGGCAGCCCAUCCCGGUCCAAGACCUGGUCCUGGAAGACUUGCAAGAUGGAGAUGUCAAAAUGGGCGGGUCGUUCCGAGGUGCCUUUGGCAAUUCAGAUAAAGCCAAAAACAUCUUCCGGGUCCGAUUCCGGGACUCCGCCUCGGGCCAGUCCCACACGCUGCAGGCCAACGACAUCUUCCACAAGCAGCAGUGGUUCAACUGCAUCCAGGCGGCCAUCGGCCCCUUCCAGCCCAGCCCCGUGCCUUUCGACCUCAAAGACCUGCCCGAGCUGAGCGAGGAAGGCGAAGAGAACCACCCUUUCGGAUCCAGUGCCAAGAUCCAGAGGAGACAGACUUCCGGGUCGGGCAGCUUCCGCGCGGAGCUCGGCGAGAACGUCGCCGAUGCCGACACGGCGUCAGAGAUGAAGAACGUCAAAAGCUACAGGAUGCAUUCAGGGCUCCGGAGGAGCCGGGACAAAAGCCAGCUCAGCAUCAAACGGAAAGAGACUCUGGUUUAAAAAAGCGGGAGCGAGGCC